ACCACGCUCUCUUUCUAGCUUUCUCUCCGUCCACCAUUUUGAGGUGAUUCGUCUCCGCAUCUCUGCGAACCUCUUCGGAGCCCCUCUGGAAGGGGAGAAGAGACUUGGAGCGAAGAAGAGAAGCAGGAAAAUUGGUUCUUUUUUCCUGGAAAUCUUUCUUCUUGGUCUUCCAUGGAAGGUGGCGGCCUUCGGAGCGCGGCCGUCCACAGCGACGGAAGCGGCAUCGGAGUGAAUCAUAGAUGGGAGAAGAAUCACAAGGUGGGUUUGAUGGGGGCCACAAUUAGGAGGAAUAGGCUCUCCGACAUCACCAACACCGUGAGUUCGGGGAGGCCUGGCGGACUCAGCAUGGAAGGCGAUCAAGAAAAUUCCAAUACGAUGCCUUGUCCCAGCACCAAGGACUACGUUGCCCAGCUGAUGAAGGAGAAUACUGCUCUUUUGAAGCUUGUUGGGGAGAGAAAUAAAAUCAUAGAAAUGACCGGCAUUGAGAUGCAGAGGCUUCGAUUUGAAUUGCAGAAAGUUAGACAACAGAAUUGGCAGUUAGCUCAGGCCAACUCUCAGAUGCAAGCGGAGCUCAACUUAGGCAAAGAUAGACUAAAAGCAUCACAACAUGAACUUAGAUGCAUGAAAGCUGUCCUUAAAGUAAAGACUUUAGAAGUUGAGGAGAAGGAGAAAUUAAACAAACAAAUGUGCGAUAAUAUUGGAUGCGAGGAGGAACACAAGAAGUGCACUGUGGUUGCAGUAGAUGCGUCUCAUCAAGCUAAUGACAUGAAGACCAGCAAUGCCAACAGGAAGCGCACAUCAAAAGAACAUUCUCAAGGCUCUACUGCUAUGACCCAUGAAGAAGUAGCACCAAAAGAAAAGGUUGAGAGAAGAAGGUCUUUAAGAAGGAGAUCUGGUGACUUGAAAUCUGAAUCAUGCGAACCAAUGGUGGACUUGAUCAAGAUAGAGGAUGCCAAAGUUCCAGUUCACUCACUUGUUAGUGAACCCUUGCAUGAGGGCACUUCUGUUCAGGCUGACAUUCCAGCUCAGGGUUCUACUGCUAUGACGCAUGAAGAAGUAGCACCAAAAGAAAAGGUUGACAGAAGAAGGUCUUUAAGAAGGAGAUCUGGUAACUUGAAAUCUGAAUCAUGCGAACCAAUGGUGGACUUGAUCAAGAUAGAGGAUGCCAAAGUUCCAGUUCACUCACUUGUUAGUGAACCCUUGCACGAGGACACUUCUGUUCAGCCUGACAUUCCAGCUCCUUCCUGUUCAGAUGCUUCUAUGAAACAGGGAAAGAAUGAGGAGCAGAAUGGUAGGAGUGAAUUCUCAGAGUCUUGCAAUCAUGAGGUGCGGAGAUCUUCAGUUGGAAGGCCAUCACGCAAGGCAGCUGAGAAGGUCACUUCUUACAAGGAAAGACCUAUCAAUGUCAAAUUGCGAAGAGUUGAGUGACUGCUUGUGGAUCCUACUACCAUGACCGAACUUCAGAUGAUGCCGACUGAGAGCCAGUGACUUCAACCUUUUUGUGUUCUGCGCAUUUUGUGAUGUAUGCUGGUGUUAAUUGUAUCACUGCACUGCAAGUUCCUGAAAGUCCAUUUUUAGGAGCUUUUUCUUUCUCGUCAUUCGUGGGUGAUGUACCAGAGUAAUGGAAACUUUAUGGUUGUUUGUUUUGCAGCCAUAUUUUCUCACUCCAAUAACCUGGUGAAUUUGA